AUGCCGUCGUCUCCAGGUGACAGCAGCAGCAGGGUUAUCGAGGAGCAACCCACCUCGCCUUUUGCCAUCAUCGAUGAUGGCGGUCACAGCAGUUGGAUCGAGCCGCCUUCCGACGGGGACGGAACAGAUGCCAACCUGCUUGAUCAUACACCGCGCAACCUGCCAUUGGUAGGGUCUUCCUCUUCACCGAAAACGCAUCUGGCAUCACGAUCCGUGUCGCUACCGCGCCACAUGAGCAAUCAGUCGCUGGGCCGAGGCUCGGCGAGAAACAGCGCCGAACACCACCGUCGGCCACUGCUCGUCGACCGCGUCACUUCGUCGCGCUCGCUCUUCCUCCCGUCAAUCAAUUAUUCAGGUCCGCAAUAUUCCAGCGAGCAGCAUGAUGACUGGCGCGCAACCGCUGUGGGCGAGACCCCGCUCGACCGCACAAUGGACCGCAUCGGAAUGGGUCGCUACCAGUGGACCGUGCUCAUCCUUUCCGGCCUUGGUUGGGCUGCGGACAACAUGUGGAUCCAAGCCAUCGCCAUCAUCCUACCCCAUAUACAGCGCUACUUUGCCCUUUCGGACGGUAUUGUCGGCCUUGCGAGCUCGUCAAUCUUUGUAGGCAUGUUCGUGGGAUCGAUCGCCUGGGGCACCAUUUCGGACGCAUACGGUCGCAGGGCCGCCUUCAACAUCACGCUCGCUGUCACGGCCAUCUUUGGCACCCUGUCGGCCGUGGCCUCGAGCUUCAGCUUGCUAUGCCUGUUGCUGUUCGCUGUAGGUACAGGUGUGGGAGGGAGCAUGCCGACCGACUCGUCGAAUCUGGUCGAGAACCUGCCCGUUCGCAAGCACAGCUACGUCACGGCCUUGUCCGUCUUUUUCUCCGCCGGCUCGGUCGUGUCUUCACUGAUUGGACUGUCGGUGCUGUCGGCAAGCGAUCCGGAGGGCUGGAGGUGGCUGCUGGGUACUCUCGCGUUCGUAACGGUGCUUUUUGUCUCGGCGAGAGUGGUGUUCUUCCGGCUACUCGAAUCGCCAAAGUAUCUGGUUCACGCUGGUAGGCCGCAGGAGGCCAGGGACAUCUUGCAGAGGAUUCAUCGAUACAAUGGCGGUGCGACGAUUUCGCUUCGUAUACAGGAUGUAGAGGAUCACGGCCCUUCCGGCGUCUCCGAUCGAGCGUGCGAUUUGGAGAACAGUCAGCAUUCGUUGCAUCAGCGUGCCUCCGAUGCUCAUGAGGGCGAUGCUGCCACGAAUGGUCGGAAUCGAGUCAGGGAUAGCUACGCGGCAGACGAUGAGGAGGAUGCAGGAGAUCUCUCGGGGCGCGAGGCAUCGUCUCGGCCCCUGCUGGAACGUGCUGUGGAAAGAGAAGAGGACGGCAACUCACAAAAAGGCGAUCAAGACCCAAACACGAUUCACCCACAACACGCCAACCCCAGUGGCUCUUGUGCACCGUCCAUCGACCCCCACCUGCCGCCUUCACUGACGUGGCUUCCCAGGAGCUGGCAUCCGAGCGCGGCCGAUCUGGCGUCCCGAUACAGCGAGAUGUUUUCGCCAGAGUGGAAACGUACCUCGCUGCUUAUCUGGAUCAUUUGGGGCGGCAUGUCGUACGGAUUUACGACCUUCAACGUUCUCCUUCUCAAACUGCUCGAGCAGCGGUAUGAUUCGCCCAAACAUGCCACAGUACAAGCAGCCGGCGAGCCGGACGAUGCUUCCAUUCGACGCGCGUUGGUCGACAUCCUCGUCUACUCGCUCUCGUCGCUCCCGGGGAGCUUGAUCUCGGCCUACAUGGUUGAAACUCGCCUCGGUCGCAUUGGCACCAUGGUCAGCUCGACGGCGGUCAUGGCGGCGGCUGUGCUGCUCUUCUCGCUCACCUACUGGCGGUCUAGCUUGACCCUGGUCUCAGUGUCGAGUUCCAUUUCGUACGCUGCCAUCUACGGCUACACGCCCGAGGUCAUGGCGCCCACGAUCAGGGCGACAGCGUGCGGAUCGGCCUCGGCCAUCAGUCGAGUCGCUGGCAUCGUUGCGCCACUCUUGGCCGGCUGGGCCUUCUCGCUGUCUCCGGCCGUUCCGCUGUUUUUGGCAACGACGAUGCUGGUCAUCGUUACCUUGGCCAUGGCCAUGCUGCCAAUCGAAACACGUGGCCGCGCCGUUGCAACCGCGUCUCAAGACAGUGUGGAUGACGAAGCUGGCACGACUCGCUGA